AUGGCCAACGAGCAAAGCGGAAGCCCCCUGCGAAGGUGGAGGCCGUUCUACGGCGCUUUCAGCGCUAUCGACGACGCGAUCGAGAAGGCAGGCGGCCACCCGCGCGCCGCGUUCCGGGACGUGAGGGUCCGGAUCCUCCAGCUGCUCCGCGGCGCCACGGACGACGGCGUGGCCGAGCAGCUCUGCGGCGCGCUGGACGACGCCAUGGUCGAAGCGCUCGAGACUCUGCGGGUGGAGCCCGUCCCGCACGGCUUGCUGGCGUCCACCGACCUCGCAAGGACCAUCGGCGCCCUCGGGAACCACGGCUCGGCCCGGAUCCGCAGGCUCGCGGGCGACGUCGUGCGCGGGUGGAGGGCGGCCAACGUCGCCACAACUACAGCAGUCAAGGAGGAGCAGUUCGACAAGCUCUCUGCUGAUGAUCUGUUCCCACACCAGGGCAUCUCUGCAGUGAUCGCCGAUGGCAACGCGCGAGGACACAAGGAGAAGUUGCACAUACAACCUGCUAAGAUGCUUCCCGCCGCCGAGAUAAAGCUACACAUACCGCCGGCGAAGAAGAUGUUUCCUACCGUCCCCGCCGCCGAGGCACAGAAGAAGAAGGUGUAUGUUCCACCAGCGAAGAUGCUGCCGACCACAGCUACCGUGUCGACACCGAACAUGAGUGAGACCAAGAAGCCCACAGUCGACGAGACCACAGUCGACGAGAGCAAGAAGAUGGAGGCUACAAAACGCAAGUUGCGUGAGGGUUACGAAGAGGCCAAGAAGAUCAAGCGUAAACACACCAUUCAGAAGAUCAACGACAAGGAGGCAGCAAAGAUGUUUGAGCAAAAGCAACGGAAGAUGCAUCCCGUCAUACGAGGGAGAGGCCCAGCAGCAUGUAGGACCUCCUCAGGCGUUCGUCGUUCGUUGCUUUACUCUCUUCAGAUGAUUUAG